ACAGGCACAGUGAUGGCAUGCAAAAUCCAGAAAGGCACGGCCAGGAUCGGACCCAGUUCCUCCGAACGCUGAGUCCAACGCUUUACCAGCUGAUCCACCAUCCCGCCUGGAUGCAUGUUUAUAGGCAUAUUAUUCUUAGUGUAGUCUUUAGACUUUGAAAGUUAAGUCUGGUUUCAUGUCCGACAAUGAGGAAAAGGAUUUUUAUAGUCUACAUACACAUCUGGUUUGAACUGUGAAUUGAUUAAAUUGUACCAAUAAUCACUUGAAAGUGAGUGAUGGCAGGUUUUUAUGCACUUCUUUUCCCAAUGAGAUGAGCUGUGAGAAGUUGACUGCACUUGUAUCCUGUCAGGACCACUCCCUGACCCUACUGUCUAUCCAGCAGAGAUGUUACAUCACUCUUGUUUGCAUAUGAGUGUAAAAGCGUCCCAGCUGACAUGUUUAAAGACGAAUGUGGACAUCACCAAAAAGACACAUCACUUGGCCACACACAAACAGUCAGGCUUUGCACAGUUGACAGCAGCAGUGAUACCCAACCACGGAAACUUAAUGGCUCUUCUGUGGAGACACCAAGCUACCAGAACUUACACCGGGAGCUGCUGCUUAGCCACAAGCUGGGUCUUGUGCUUGAGGAGAAGCCGGAACUGAAGAGAGUACUAGAGCAGCGGCGACUGGAGCUGCACAGGGAGCAGGAGAUGGCUCAACAGCGACCUUCAGACCUGGAAACGGAGCUCCGCAAAAGACAACAGAAGCUACAAGAGUACGAGCAGGAGGAAAUCCGGCAGAGGGAGAACCAACAGAAGAUACCCGAGUUUGUUCGUGUGAAGGAAAACCUGAGACGUACGCAGAUGUACGAGCAGUGAGGUCCCUGCCACACAAGCCCAAUUACUCCAUCUCAUUCAGUGGGUUUUAAACUGUCUUGUUUACAACUCUGAAACAUAACGUAUGCCAGGAAACACAAAAGUCCUAUACUGAGCUAUACAUGCAAGUGUUGUUCAGUUGGGUUUGCACUGAGUGGGUGUUUUUGAUGUUUUUUGUUUUUUUUUAUCUUUAUGAUAUUAUUUAACCCCAAUCCAAAUCAACUCCUAAGAAGCAGCGAAAGGGUCACACCUGUCCAGUGAGGCACUAAGAGGGUUUUUGGGGAACACUGUCUUUACAAUAUUUCUGUCAGUGUUAGUAAUUGAAAGGCUACUGUCAUGUAUCACGUUUGCUGUUUCCAGAGUGCAGUGGAAAUAAAGUGUAUGGUUCAAAGAGA